GUAAUAAUGAUGACAUAAUUCCUAUUAUUUUCGACUCAGUCAUUUCAAGACUUUUCAAAUUAAUCUGUUCACCAAAUUACAACAUUGAAUAGCCAAAAUUAUGCUCUGCGAUUUCAUCAUAGGUUAACGUUCUUUUAUAUCUCCGAUAUGUCGACUUACACAAUCAUUUUUGGCACUUAACCCACGUCUAAAUUUCGUAAGUGUAAGAUAAAAAAAGGAGCGGAUAAUUUAUUCGAAUGAGUGGUCAGUGUGAAAGAGGAUCCGGAGAUCGCGACUGGUGUGACAUGAUUGCAGUAAGUAGAAAGCGCCUUCUUCGUCCAAAGAAACCAAUGCGAAUCUGCAAAUUCUCAAAGCCGGAUUGGUCGACGAUUUGUGUGGGAUCCAGCGGCAACCCUUAUAGAUCGACGAAGCAGAUCCAUGAUUCAAUCGUACCUGUGUCGACUUAAGUUGAAACUCGUAGAAGCCAGCCUUACACGCAAUCUACUUCGAAAGGAUGUUUUGGUGCUACAGCUUUUUGACCUUUCUUCUUCUACUAGGCGACACGUAUGGCGGCAUGUCGAAGAGUAGAGUGCGACGUCAAGAUUCAUCAGCACAAAGUAGACAGCUGAUAGACAGUAUCUUCAACAUUCCAAUCACAGCGAUUAGACAAACCGCUUCAGCCGUCCAAAUUAUUUCGCCAGAGAAUACGCAGAGAAUUGACAGUAUUGUUAAGAUCCCUGUCUCAACUUUACAAGCUGUUGGCACAUUCAUAAAAACUACAAGGGAGCGGGGGCAACAAAUUCCGAAUAAUAUUCAAGCUCGUCAAGAGAGGAGAGAACGGAUCUUGGCUCUAAAAGAGCAAAAAAGAAAGCGAAAAGAGGAAAUUCAAAAUCAGCGAUUACAGCAGCAAUUGAAGAGAACUGUUAGACAUCAUCAAAAAGACCCGCUUGGAUUAGACGCAUUGAGUAAUCUUUUGGUUGGACAUCACGCUGGUGGACUUUUAGGCCAUCAUUCUGGAUUGGGUGGUAUCCACAGGCCUCACAGACCUGGUCAUAAAAUUGGUCACGGCCUUCACAAACCUGGAAUUCAUCAUGGUAUUCAUGGUGGACAUCUGGAAAAUCAUCCGCAGCAUACCUACGAGGUGCAUGAGGAUAUUAAUGAAGAUACAUCAUUCUCUUGGCACGGUUUGACCGCAGGGUUUGGCACUUUCACUGGAAUCCGACCUUCUAGUACUUCUAUCAAAAUUGAAAAUAAAGUCGCUCCUAAGGAGAAUAUUAAAAAUAAAUUAGCGCAAGAAUAUGACGAUCCGUUGGAGAAUAAAAUUGCUCCUAGAAAUAGAAGAGUAAUAUUUGUGCAAUAAUGAAAAUAUGUAAUAAUGAUGUAUUAGAUAUAAACUUAUUCUUAUUGUUAGUUACAAAUACUCGCCAAACAUUGCUCAUAUUCAUAAUUUUCUGUACUUAUUCUCAUAAGAAUUCCUAAAGAGGUGCACCUUAGUAAACAUAUCAAAUUAAUAUAUUUUAUAUAAUUAAAAUAAUAAUAUAUAUAAUGCUCAAUAUAACAUUAUGCAAAUGCCAUGGGCGUGGCCUAGAGGUGUCAGUCAGCCGAAAUGGCGCGUUCUGAUUGGCUCGCCCUAUACUCACUAAAGAUUUGAUUGGUUCGCCCUAUACUCACCCAAGAUUUGAUUGGUUCGCCCUAUACUCACCCAAAAGGUGAUUGGAGAGGGUGGGGGGGUAGAGGGUCUUAGACGAAAUAGAGGUUUGAAAAAUGGUGAGUGGGGAUUUGGACUUCAGCAUUCUUGUCGCGCGGCUAGAGUACGAACAGAGGGGGGUGGGGGGAUGAAUACCGGUCUAAUCUUAUGACGGUCGCUUUUGUUGUCACGGGGGGCAACGUCUCUGACGUGUAGGCGAUUCGGUGAAUGUCUGAUAAAGAAAAUGUUAUACGGAAAAUUUGUAGGCCUAGAGAGAGACUUGCUUUUGUUCGGAAGAAUUUUGGGGGAGAGGUAAAACAGGAACGAACACGUUGUGGCGCGUCGUCUUUGAGCAUUGCUUUUUAAAACAAAAUUCUUUCUAUAUUUAGUGUAUUUAAUGUACAUUAUCUGAGUCUGUAAUACGGGGGAAAAUGUAUCUAAUGUAAAUGAGGUUGAAGGGGUAGGAGUAAGAAACAAGACAAUAUUUACAAGUUCAAAAACGUUUAUUUAAAAAAGAUAUGAAAUAGUUACUUCACUUUUUUAAAAGAGACACGUUUGAACAUGAUGGCAUACAACAUGAGAAUUUACGAGUUUAUGUUUACAAUGAAGAAAAAUUUUAUGAAAUAACUGUACAAUCAAACGAUCAUUUCGCUUACAAUCAAAGGUAAACAGAUCAAGAAAUUGAUUAAGAUUAUAGCCAUUACACAAAUAAUAUAGUAUUUCUUGUAUUUUAUUUAAAAGUUUAUAUGUAUAGCGCUGAAAUAAUCAGAAAAAAAAGUUGGUUAUUGGAAGGUACGAGUAAUUAAGAAACGAGGGUUUAUGUUAUAAAAUUAUAUUUAUUGAUACAAAUUUUUUUCAA